CCCCCAGAAGUCACAACCGACGACACCGCGAAAACUCCGGAGGACACAUGGCGAACUCGAUGGCGUUGUUGGCUCUGCUCGUAGCAGCCGUGGCCGUGUGCAGCUCAGCGCCUGCAGAUACCGACGAGGAAUUGGCAGAGACAUACCUCAAUCAUUUCUACCACUUCAAGUUGAACUCUCGGACCAACAUGGCGGACACGCUGAAGGUCAUGCAGGAGUUCCUGGGUCUCCAAGUGACGGGGAAACUGGACAUGGAGACAAUCGAGGUGAUGAAGAAGCCGCGCUGCGGAGUCCCCGACGUCGCUGAGUACAACCUCUUCCCCCAGCGCUACAAGUGGCCCAAGAACGACGUCACCUACAGGAUAAACAACUACACGCCGGACAUGCCGGAGCAAGAGGUGGACAGGGCCAUCAUCGGGGCCUUGAAAGUGUGGAGCGACGUGACGCCGCUCGUCUUCACCAGGCUCUACCAUGGAGAAGCCGACAUCAUGAUCAAGUUCGGUUCUCGGACCCACGGUGACCUGUCGCCAUUCGAUGGCCCUGAUGGGAUCUUGGCCCACGCGUACGCGCCUCCCACCGCCGGCAUCGGAGGCGACGCGCAUUUCGACGAGGACGAGUUCUGGACGUCGAGCUCCAAAGGCUACAACCUCUUCAUCGUCGCCGCUCACGAGUUUGGCCACGCGCUGGGGCUGGAGCACUCGGAGGACCCUGGCGCGCUCAUGUUCCCCACCUACGCCUACGUGGACAAGUUCUGUCUCCCCAAGGACGACAUCGACGGAAUCCAGGCCCUUUACGGCCCGAACCCCAAUGGGAACGCCAUGGACUGCAAGCCCCCAGAGGGAGCCCCGAAGCGCUGCAACUCGGAGACCACGUUCGACAGCGUCACGGAGUUCCGCACUGAGCUCAUCAUGUUCAGCGGCAGAUACCUGUGGCGCGUCAACAGCCAAAACACGCGGAACCUGGAAGCGGAAAUGAUCAGCACCUACUGGCCCUUCCUGCCGGACAGGGUCGACGCGGCCUACGAAGACUACGAGCGCGAUGUCAUCUUGGUUUUCAAAGGGAAUCAAUACUGGGCGAUCAAUGGAUUCGACAUGAUGCCGGGGUAUCCCAAAAAGCUGACCCAGCUCGGCUUCCCGUCGGACGUCAAUCUGAUCGAUGCGGCCCUGCACAUCAAGGAUGAGAGGAAGACCUUCUUCUUCGUGAAAGGCAGAUACUGGAGCUACGAUGAAAGCACGAGGAGGAUGGACUUGGGAUACCCGCGGAAUGUGCGUUCAGACUGGCCGGGGAUUCCUAGACGUCCCAGUGCUGCGUUCACCCACACCAGAUACGUUUACUUCAUCGACGGGCGACGCCAGAUAAAGUUCGACUACGAGCGUAAGCGGACGAUAGCGGUCAACUGGUCCAACGUCUGGCUGGGCUGUUAGACGACGGUCAACUCGACAGCACCGCCACCAUCAUCACCACCACCACCACCACCAACACCCAGCAACCAGGGCCUGGAGUAACCCAGGGGGCUUGAAUGGCUGCAGCCCAAGACCUCAGAUUUGAACCCCCUCCACCACCGCACCUUACCCCGCCAAUAUAUAUCGUAUUUUUUGGAUUAUAAGAUAUACAAACUUACGUCCCACAGUAAUUUAAAUCAAACCGUUGUGAGCGCGUCUUACGAUCCGGAGAAUUCAUUGGUCUUGGGAAGAAGACGUGUUUGUUUGAUGGACAGUCGUCCGGAAGGAAUCUUCCGGAAGGCGGUUCUCCAGAGGGAUAAAUGACCGCCCAGAGGACGGGAGGCACCGCCAGCCGUUGAGAACAAGUCUUCCGGGAGACUUCUUUACCACAUUCUUAAGCAGCGUAAUAACAAUAAUAUUUUGUAAAGACGGCUCUCCACACGACUGUAUCAUCCCAAUUGUAAACACGCCUUUAUUUUGUGGCGUGUUUUACUUUGUGCGGGCUAUCUUGUAAUCUGGAGAACACGGUAUACAUCAUGUAGGAUACAACAUAUGAGAUGGAUAAGUAGCGUGUGAUUAUGUGUAGGGAACAACGGGGCUGUUUUACUGAGAUAUAUUCAGCCGGAGCAGACUGCCUGGUCACAUCGUGGGUUGAGGGACCCCCCAAAACUAAAGCACCACCGCCAACCCCCAAAAAACUCUAACAACAGACCCUCAGCCCCCCCAGAUACAAUCGUAAUCCAGCCCUGCCUUCAACAAAUGUGAUUGUGUGCUAAAUUGUGCACUUGAUUUAUGGGUUUUGGUGGAAAGAUGAUUUCACCGCCCCCCCCCCCCCAAAAAAAAUGUCAAUGUUGAACAUUUGCAAAAUCUGGCUGUUUUCAACAGAACAUAUUUUGUGCUUUUGGCCAAUUUUUGGAAGCAAUCACCACUCUGCUGCCAAUACAUGGAUCAGGCCCCAUGUGCUCACUGCUUGACGCAUGCAGCUUAAUUUAGAUAUAUAUUUUUAAGGUGCACAUAUAUUUUGUAAACCGUGCAGAAUAUAUAAUUUUUUUUACCAAAAAAAGAAAAAAACAUCCCAAACAACCCACUGCCACCGAUUUAUUGUCAUUAACUAUAAUUUAAUUAAGCCGAUUCGUAAUACAGUUCUUUUUAACAAUGUUUUCUAUGGAUGAUUUGUUUAUACUUUGAUUAUCUUAAAU